ACCCCCCUCCCCUCCCUUCUCCUGGCGCGCGGCAUUUCCAGAUCCCCCGCAUCGCGUCGCGGCGUUGGCAUUGGUAUCCGUGGAGCGUCCAUGCGAGCCUUGUAGUCUGAAAGAGAUCGAGGAGAGGCAUGCAUCCCAAGCCCGAGGGCGGCGACGCGGAUGGGGGCGCCGCGGAGGUGGGGUCCCCGCGGUCCGGCUACUUCCGGCAGCGGAGCAUGCACGCCGCCGCCUCGGAUCCGGAGGCGGCGCGCAGGGCGUUCGACGUCGAGAACCCCCCUGCCCACGGCGCCGGCGGAGGCGGGCUCCGGCCCAGCGAGUCCGUGACCAAGCUGGAGUCGCUGGAGCGCGCCGCGCUGGCGCCGUCCGUCGUGCUCAAGACCGGGUUCUACAUCCUGGUGUGGUACGCGUUCAGCACCUGCCUCACGCUAUACAACAAGACGCUGCUGGGGGACAAGCUGGGCAAGUUCCCGGCGCCGUUGCUGAUGAACACCGUGCACUUCGCGAUGCAAGCGGGUCUCUCCAAGGCCAUAAUCUUCUUCCAGUCCAAGGGGCCCGAGAAUGGCGUCGAGAUGGGGUGGAAGGAUUACUUCAUGAGAGUCGUGCCAACUGCUCUGGGGACGGCACUGGACAUAAACCUGAGCAACGCCUCUCUAGUGUUCAUCUCGGUGACGUUUGCUACUAUGUGUAAAUCAGCCUCCCCCAUAUUUCUUUUGCUAUUUGCUUUUGCAUUUAGGUUGGAGAGUCCCAGCAUCAAGCUUCUAGGAAUCAUAGUUGUCAUUUCUAUCGGGGUUCUAUUGACAGUUGCCAAGGAGACUGAGUUUGACUUCUGGGGCUUCAUUUUUGUUACACUUGCUGCUGUUAUGUCGGGAUUCCGCUGGUCCAUGACUCAGAUUCUGUUGCAAAAAGAUAGCUAUGGCCUGAAAAAUCCAAUUACCUUGAUGAGCCAUGUUACCCCAGUGAUGGCCGUAGCCACCCUGGUACUAUCUCUAUUACUGGAUCCUUGGAGCGAUUUUCAGAAGAACGCAUAUUUUGAUAACCCAUGGCACGUCAUGCGCAGUUGCUUACUUAUGCUAAUUGGAGGAUCCUUAGCCUUUUUCAUGGUGUUAACAGAGUAUAUACUCGUUUCAGCAACCAGUGCCAUAACCGUGACGAUAGCUGGGGUAGUAAAAGAAGCUGUAACCAUUUUGGUUGCGGUAUUUUAUUUCCACGAUGAAUUUACUUGGUUGAAAGGGGUUGGUCUUGUCACAAUUAUGGUUGGUGUUAGUUUAUUCAAUUGGUACAAGUAUGAGAAAUUCAAAAGGGGUCAGACAAAUGAGGAUGACAUCAAUUCACCUCCAUUUAAUGGUGGUGCCAAAUACAUUAUUCUAGAUGACUUGGAAUAUCAGGAUGAAUUUGAGGAGGAUGAUACCCUUUGCAUGAUUGAACACAAGACUGUAGAUAUGGUUGCUCAUGCCUGAAACAAGUCAUGCCUUCUUGUUGAAAUAUUAAGUACUGACGGAAGUUUCCGCUGAAAACACACACACGAACACAGCUAAGGCUAGACUUUUUUAUGCUCUGCAAGCCAAACUUUGAAGUGAUCUGGGUGAGCUUUGUCCAUCUCCUGGAUGCUCAAUUCUAAUAUUGAUUGAACAGUCUGGGUAACUAAACUGUCAAUCUAAGAGCUAACUCCAUCGGAAUUCCCAUUUUGAGAAGAUUGGCAGCAGUUACAUAUUGUUAUGCUUGCUUAUAAUGGGAAUCGCUGAGAAUGAACAUCUGUAUUUUUAUUCUUCUCUUUACGUGACCGUGAUAUGCACAUAUUCAUUCCUGAACCUCUCCACAUUUUUGGUGCCAAGGUAUAUUCAUUUUCUAUAUAGGUCAAUUUGUAAGAGUGACCACACAUACCCCAGAUGUGCUGUUCCCUUGAAAGCUACGGAGCGGCGUUCGAUUAUUUGUAUUUUGUAAAACUAGUAAACGAAAGAACCAUUCUUGUUCCAGCUGUAUCAUGACCUUUCCUGUGUCUGCUGUAAUAUUUCUAUAGAUGGAAAUGGGAUAUCCAACAUUUGAUAUC